GGCAGGGAUAAAGUUAGGUAGUGAGCCUCGGUCCAGCUGCACACACAACCAUUUUUCUUCUGUUGACUCCGCUCUCCGCCACGUUGGUUCCCCGUUACGUGUGUGUCGCAUUCCGCUGCGCACCACCAGCGUUAUGUUUGUGAUGAGGCGGGAAAUGGCGUCCGCAGACAUGUUUGGUCUGUGAAUACCGAGCGACAGACACCGCUGGCAGCAACAACACGGCCCGACCUCUACCGGUGGCCCGCCACGGUCGCGGCCGAUAGCUGCCAACACUGCGGCAAGUUUUGAAGAGCUUCCUCGAUCAUCUAUUUUUCUAUGUGACGGUGGAGCAUGAUGAAGCUGAGAGUGCGUAAAGCUCCUCAGCAGCCACCCUUAGGCCGUCGAACCCACCCGUCCCCUGCCAAACGGAAACACCGUGAAGUGGAGCCAUCCCCCGUGAGAGGUCGAGGCAAAAUGCAGAAGAAUGAAACUGGCCUGUUCUCCACUAUAAAGAAAUUCAUCCGUGGAAAUGCUGUCAAGGUGGAGCAGGAUAUCCCCGCAAAGAGGAGUCGCAUUGAAUGUAAUUCUGAGAGCGAUCUCAUUACUUCAACACCACAGACAAGAGGCCUUUCCAAUAAAGCAGUCCCCAGAGUUUGCCGCAAAAGUCCAAAUAAAGAUACAAUGACCUGCAAUAGUAAACCCCUGAAACCUAACGGUAAACUAGAGGUCCCCGUGGAGGUGGUGAACAGCCCGCCCCGCACCACCCUGCUGGGAACCAUCUUCUCUCCAGUCUUUAACUUUUUCUCACCAGCAACUAAAACUGCCACUCCUGGUUCAGACUCUCCUGGCCAAGCGAUAGAGGCUGAGGAGAUCAUGAAGCAGCUGGACAUCGAGCCGGCAGAAGAGAUGCCCAGCAGCACCCUCACGUCCACAGAGGGCAUCACUCCCUGUCACCCUGCACCCGUGUUACCGCAGAGGCUUCAGAUGAACUCUGAUACAACCAUAGAACAAGGAGAAAUAGUAACAGAAACGGACAUGCCACCUUUAACAGAAAACCGAUCUGAAACUGGAACUUUCAGGUUCUAUGUCAGAACUCCUGGCUGUAUGCCGGGCGGUGUUUACCCUCACACGUUACCUGCAGCUUCUCCAGAAACCUCAUACGAAGAGGAAUGGGAAGUUUUUGAUCCGUACUUCUUCAUCAAACACGUGCCUCCGCUGACAGAAGAGCAGUUAACACGCAAACCAGCACUACCUUUGAAAACACGCAGCACUCCAGAGUUCUCUCUCGUCUUGGAUCUGGACGAGACUCUGGUCCACUGUAGUUUGAAUGAGCUCGAAGACGCAGCCCUGACAUUCCCUGUGCUCUUUCAAGAUGUAAUAUACCAGGUGUAUGUUCGGUUGAGGCCCUUCUUCCGUGAGUUUCUUGAGCGCAUGUCUCAAAUGUAUGAGAUUAUUCUGUUCACGGCUUCAAAGAAGGUGUACGCCGACAAGUUGCUCAACAUCUUGGAUCCGAAGAAACAGUUGGUCAGACAUAGGCUAUUUCGUGAGCACUGUGUGUGUGUUCAAGGAAACUACAUUAAAGAUCUAAACAUUCUGGGACGCGAUCUUUCCAAGACGAUAAUAAUCGACAACUCACCCCAAGCCUUCGCCUAUCAGCUUUCCAAUGGAAUCCCUAUAGAGAGCUGGUUUGUGGAUAGAAAUGACAACGAGCUUCUGAAGCUGGUCCCUUUCCUGGAGAAGCUGGUGGAGCUGAAUGAAGAUGUCAGGCCGCACAUCCGAGAGCAGUUUCGUUUGCACAACCUCCUUCCUCCAGACUGAUGACCUCAUGUUCGUCUCAGUUCAACAUGGUAUCAACAUUGGAAAACAAACAAAAAACAGACUCCUAGAAGAAUAUAUUAAAUGGAUUUCUCUUUGCAAACAUUGCCAUUAUUAUUAAUUUUUAAAUCAUGCAAAAAAUUGAAAGAUUUGUUGAGUCAAAAAAAGCCCUGGAUGUUUUUAUACAAACACAAUCAGACCAGAUUCAGAACAAACUGCUCGCAGCGGCAGACUUUCCCUUUUUUCGCUCGCUUGUUUUUAGUGCACCUUCCUGGGAGGCGGCUUCCUGGAAGGUAUUCUGUCUUUUAAGAACCAUUUUGGAUUGACUAAACUGAAUGUCACGCAGUGUUGGAUUUUAUGGACCCUGGUGGCUUCGGCCUCACCUUGAACAGCCAGUCAAACCUGUAAAAUAUUCACUCUAUUUACCUGUAAAUAUAUGUACAUAUUUUUUUUUUCUUCAAGGUUUUUAAGUCCUUUUAUUUUCACUUCGGAUUUUAGUAUGUAUUCUUCGAUUCGGUUGCUUUUAUAAACAAACAAAAGGUUAGUGUGUUUUGUUUGAAGUUGUUGAUAAACGGCUGCAUUUCUGUUGUAUGCCUGCAUUAUUCCUGUGAUGCUUUAGUCCAUUACAAGCAGUUGUCUGUAAUAAGGUGCAGUUUAAAAAAAAAAAAGUCUCUUUGGGAGGAAAGUGUUUCUGAAACAAUAUUUUAAUGUAAUGUAAGCUAGACUUGGGUCUCAACUGAAUACAAAGCCAUAAUGGCAGAAUGAUAAUUUUGGAGAUUUGUAUUUGACAGUCCAUUUCUGAUUUCGACACCUCGAUCGUCCUCUUUAACGAGGGCUGGGGUGGGGGGGGGUUCAGGCAUCUUGCACUUUGACAUCCAGCCCUUUGUAAGUUGAUGUAAAAAUCUUGUCACUUUUCUAUACAGGUGUGUAUCACCUCAAUUUGUUAUGUGGGGGGGAGAUGAAAUUGUAGCACCAGCAAAUUGCCAACAUGUUUGCUUUGAAAUCUUGUUUUCCAAGACGUCUUGUAUGUGGGAUCUUUACGAUGUAGGAGUCACAAGUUUUAUUCACUAUUGAAUGAUCACUCCUGUUGUAUUCAGUGUUACUCAAUGGUUUCCUUGAAAAUAAAUACAUUUUUAUACGAC